GCUGUGGGUUCCAGCUUUCUCCUUCAAAUCUUAAAAAAUCCUUAUUUUCCGCAAAUACCCAAAUAGUCCCAAUAUUCACUUUGGCGCUCAAAUCCUACUUAUUAUGGCGCCUCUACUUCACAUCCCCAAUUAUUAGGGUUUCUUUUCUUUUCUGUACACCUUCAGAAAAUCCUAAAUUUUCCUUCUUUUUCAAUUAUAAUCCCCAAUUUUCGUGUUUUAUUUUCGAUGGCGGUUACUCUAACGGAAGGGGCAAUUGAAAGGAUGUGUAAUGGCGACCAUGAUUUGAAACCAGUUCUUCAAGUUGCAGACAUUCGUCUUGUCAAUACUCAAAACCCUAGCAAUGCUACUGAAAGAUAUCGGCUUUUAUUGUCUGAUGGUGUGCAUUUGCAACAAGGAAUGCUUGCAACUCAGCGAAAUGAACUAGUUAAAUCUGGUUUGUUGAAAAAGGGUUCUAUUGUUCAGUUGAUUCAAUCCGUUUGUAAUGUCAUUCAAGGCCGAACGAUCAUAAUUAUCAUUGAACUUGAAGUGGUACAAGAGACUUGUCCCACAAUAGGAGAACCAAUGCAAUAUGUGAAUGGCGCUGCUAGAGCUACUGCUCAAAUGCCUUCCUCUGCAGCUCAAACUGGGGUGAUUCCUGGGAAUGCUCAACAAUCAAAUAUUCAUCCACCAGUCUCUGGUUCCACCCCUAGACCUGAUGGCCCUGGGGUUUUACAGCAGCUGAAGCUGGAACGUGGUGCUCAAAUGCAAUCUUAUGGUGGUUCUGCUGCUAACAAUCCAAUUCCAGGACAUUAUUCAACAAAUAGUGGAUCUCCUAUGCACCCUAAACCAGUGAUGGCCAAUGAUAAUUCUGUUAACUCUGUAGCUGCUCGUCCAUACGGAUCAUUCCAUAAUGCCAAAACCGAUUUCUCAAGCGCUCCUUCCAAUGCUUAUGCAAGGCAUCAGCAACCUGCAUUUCAGCAACCAGCUUCAAUGUACAUGAAUAGGGGUCCUGUCACUAAGAAUGAAGCCCCUCCUAGGAUAAUUCCAAUUGCUGCCCUAAAUCCCUACCAAGGUCGAUGGACAAUCAAGGCAAGGGUAACAGCAAAGGGUGACCUUCGGCACUAUAAUAAUCCUCGUGGGGAGGGGAAAGUAUUUAACUUUGAUCUUUUAGACUCUGAUGGUGGAGAAAUUCGAGUCACCUGUUUUAAUGCUGUGGCUGAUCAGUUCUACACCCUGAUUGAGGUUGGUAAGGUAUACAUGAUUUCGAAAGGGAGCUUGAAACCUGCUCAGAAGAAUUUCAAUCAUCUUGCUAAUGAUCAUGAGAUCCUUUUGGAUACCACCUCUAUAGUUCAACCUUGUUUUGAAGACGAUAGUAUAAUUCCUAAACAGCAAUUUCAUUUCCGACCUAUCAGUGACAUUGAGAAUAUUGAGAACAAUGGUAUCGUGGAUGUGAUUGGUGUGGUAUCAUCAAUUUCUCCAACAUCCUCAAUCAUGAGGAAAAAUGGAACCGAAACUCAGAAAAGGAAUCUUCAGUUGAAGGAUAUGUCUGGCAGAAGUGUUGAAGUGACAUUGUGGGGAAGUUUUUGUAAUUCAGAAGGACAGACCUUGCAAAAUAUGUGUGAUAAUGGAAAUUUUCCUGUUUUAGCUCUCAAGUCAGCAAGAGUUUAUGAGUUCAAUGGGAAGGGUGUGGGAACUCUUUCGACUAGUCAGUUAUUUAUAGAACCUGAUUUUCCAGAGGCUCAGAGGCUUAAGGAAUGGUUUGAUCGGGAUGGAAAGAACCUUCCAUCAGUUUCCAUAUCAAGAGAGACGACAAGUUUGGGUGCUAGGGGUGAUGUACGUAAGACUAUAUCACAGAUAAAGGAUGAGAAGUUGGGGACCUCUGAAAAGCCCGAUUAUAUUGCCGUUUGUGGCACCAUAUCAUUUAUAAAGAUGGACAACUUCUGUUAUGCAGCAUGCCCCGUCAAGAACGCUGAACGUCAAUGCAACAAAAAGGUUACAAAUAAUGGAGAUGGAACAUGGUGGUGUGAUAAAUGUGAUCAGACUGUUAAUGAAUGUGAUUAUAGGUAUAUUCUUCAGUUGCAGAUACAGGAUCAUACUGCCACCACCUGGGCAACAGGGUUCCAAGAAGUUGGGGAAGAAAUUAUGGGCAUUCCCGCCAAAGAUUUGUAUUAUUUGAAAAAUGAGGCACAAGAUGAUAACAAAGUUACAGAAAUCGCUAGAGCAGCUGUUUUCACGAAAUACAUAUUCAAGUUGAAAGUCAAGGAAGAGACUUUCAGUGACGAACAAAGAGUCAAGUCAACCAUCAUGAAAGCUGAGAAGGUGAAUUUUGUUGCAGAAUCCAGGCAUCUUCUGGAAUUAAUGAGCAAAAUGAAAGUCGACGAUUCUGGUCUGGCACAAGCAAAUAGAUCUGGGAUGGGUCAUGUUGGAAUCAGCCAGCCGAUGGUUUCAGGCCUAAGUUAUGGAACAAAUACCGGACAUUCUGGUCGAGAAACGGGCAUGCAUAUCAACAACACAAGCCAGUUGGGGAAUCAGUAUAGUGGUGGGUAUGUUAGUGCUUCUUCUGGGGUGCCAAUGACCUGUAGUAACUGUGGGGGUAUUGGCCAUAAUUCAUCAAAUUGUCCAAGUGUUCUCAGCAAUCCAGGAGGCAUUAUGAAUCAAAUACCCAGCAGUAACAAUGGUGCACAGUGCUUCAAAUGUCAAAAAGUCGGGCAUUUUGCAAGGGAUUGCCCUGGAUUAAAUGCUGUCCCUCCAGCUUAUGAUGCUGGUAAUGUCGGUCCUGAUAGAUACGGUGGCGUCCAAAGACAAUAUGUUGGAGGUUUCUAAUUUUGAUGAUCUGGGGCUAGUAUGUACAGAUUACAGAAGCUUUGGAGAUUUCUGAUUUUGGGAAAAUCUGGCAGUAGUUUGUAUCGAAAAUUGAAGUUCUCCUUAAUCCUUAUGGUGUAUUGGUUGACAUAUUUUCGGCUUUGUACAGCAGUCUGCUGAAUGCUGUUAUUAUAUCUAAUAAACUGUUAAUUUGUCA